AUACAUUGAAUAACAGUGUUGUAAACGUAUUCACUGUUUGACAAACUAUUGAACGACACUAUCAUUCAGUGAUUAUAACAUUUCAUUAAUAGUUGUAAAUAUUUGUUUGAAAAUAUGUAUUAAAAAAACAUAUUUGAAAAGUAUUUGUUUUUUUUUAAAGAUUAUAUGAAACUCUUAUUAAAUAAUUAAUUGAAUUUGUCUUUUAAUAUAUUAAUAAAUUUGUAAAACAAUUGGUAAAAGCAAUGCCAGUAAAUCAUAUGCCAAACGGGUCGUUGUCUCACUGGCCCAGUAAUGUAGGCAUACUGGCCGUUGACAUAUACUUCCCCAACAUGUUUGUCGAUCAAACAGACCUCGAAAAGUUCAAUGGUGUCAGUGAUGGCAAAUAUACCAUCGGUUUAGGACAAAAUCAGAUGGCUUUCUGUACGGAUAGAGAAGACAUUAACUCGAUAUGUCUGACUGUAACCAAAUCAUUGUUAGACAAGUAUUCAAUUUCACCGAAAGACAUCGGGUUUCUAAUGAUUGGUACCGAAACCAUAAUCGAUAAAUCAAAGAGUGUCAAGACUGUACUCAUGGAUCUGUUUGCCGAAAGCGGAAACCAAGAUAUUGAGGGCAUUCACGCCACUAAUGCCUGUUAUGGCGGAACUGAUGCCCUGUUUCGGGCCUGGGAUUGGAUCGAGUCGUCCUCUUGGGACGGAAGAUAUGCCAUUGUUGUGGCCGCAGAUAUUGCAGUCUAUGCCAGUGGUCCGGCCAGACCUACAGGUGGAUGUGGAGCUAUUGCAAUGCUUAUCGGUCCCGACGCUGCCGUUGUAUUUGACCGUAAGGUUAGGUCAACAUAUAUGGCACACGUAUACGACUUUUAUAAGCCAGAUCUAAGUUCAGAGUACCCAACAGUGGACGGCCCGCUAUCUAAUAUGUGUUACCUCCAGGCACUGGACAAGUGUUUUCAGCUAUAUUUUGAAAAAGCCAACAAAUAUUUACAAGGAACUACACUCGACAGCUUUGAUGCCAUCAUAUUUCACGCGCCUUACUGUAAACUCGUGCAAAAGUCAAUCGCACGACUUGUUUUGCUUAAUUAUCUGCAAAGUUCAGAAAAUCAGUGCAACGAUACCUACAAUCAGUUGGAACGUUAUAAAAAUAUCAAACUCGAGGACACUUACAGCGAUCGCGAACUCGAGAAGCUAUUGUUAACCUUAAGUAAGCCAACCUUCCAGAAGAAGACUGAUCCGAGUCUAAUGUUGCCGCGAACUAUCGGAAACAUGUAUACGGCAUCACUCUAUGCCUGUUUGACUUCAUUUUUAUUAAGUGAAUCAUUGGACAGUUUGAAGAACAAAAAGCUGCUUUUAUUCUCCUACGGGUCAGGUUUGGCCGCUUCCAUGUUUUCCGCUCGAAUCUCAUCGGACACAUCACCGAACUCAGCGCUGGCAAAGAUGCUUAAAGUGGUGUCCGAUAUACCGGACCGAUUAAAAAGCCGCCACAGAGUGUCAGCAAAAGUAUUUGAAGAGGCACUGAAUCUUCGGGAAAAGACACACAACAGUGCGCCAUAUCAACCAAUUGGACAAACAGACAACUUGAGCACCGGUACCUUUUUCUUGACAUCAGUCAGUGAUAAAUACCACAGAACUUAUAAGCGAAUCUCUAGUGAAGAGAAAUAAGUAUUUAAUCAGUUAAUGACAUUUUUUUGACUAAAUAUGUAUUAAAUAAUUGUUUUUAAUUCAAAUUUUUAAUAAGAAUUUAACAAAGAUAGUGAUAUUUUAAAUUUUUAA